AUGAUUGAACGUUUACAUGAUCGUGUAACACCUAAAGUCCAUUUCAUAACUGAAUAUCCUCGUUCUAUUGAAAAAUAUGGUCUUCCCACAUUAAAUUCUGGUAUAAGGUUUGAAGCAAAACACUUAUAUUUCAUACAACUUGCUACUCGUACAUUUAAUUUUAAAAAUCCAUUGUUGACUCUUUCGAAACGUCAUCAAUUACGUAAUUGUUUAUUGAGCCAUUCGAACUCAUUUUUUUCAUUAUCAUUGAAUAUUCGAUCGUAUAAAACCAUUAUAUUAAUGGAUCUUUCAAUUCCUGUUAAACGUUUAUUAAUGAAUAGCAUUGAUCAAUCUGAUCCUAUACGUGAAAGUUUUUCAAUUUAUUACCAUAACAUCCACAUUAGACCAAAUGCAAUAAUUAUUCGUGAUCUUGCACAUACAGAAGAAAUUCCUGUAUUCUGUCAAAUACACCAUCUGUUAAACAUAAAGGAAAAAUGGGUUGCUAUUGCUGAAGAACUAAAUACAAUUUCAUUUAAUGAUAAAUUAUGGUGCCAUGAAGUUGAAUUUACAGGAACAUUGACUUCUAUAGAUAUAAAUCAUUGUUUUGAUAUAUUACCACAUUGUCUUGAUUGUUAUGUAGUGGGACAAGCACAUUAUAUAAAUGUUUUGACUCGUUUAACAAGACGAUAA